AAUCGCUGUUUUAGCUUGGUUUAGCUAUGCUGAUUAGAGGUUGCGGCUUUGCAGUUUGCGAUGUGAGGUUCCAUCGCAUUAGGGAUUCUUAGUUCCUCUGUUUUAGCUCCUGUAUCCCUUUAACACUAUCAGUGACCUGAGCUUCCUGCAGUGACUGUGCUUUCUGUUGAACUGAAUAUGCCAUCAAUAAUUUGUAUAUUCAAAUUCUUAUGAUGUCCCCCUCCCCUUUUUUGUUAACGUGAAGGUAGCAUAUUUGUUGAUGCGUUGCAACUGUAAUAUCCUUUCACAACCUUAUCUGCAUGGCUUUGUUUUCCCCAUUUGAGAACUCUAGGCGGUCUGUAGCUAUAAGCAAAAAGGAAGUAAAAUAUUUGAUGUUUUUGUUGUCUGAUGGUUUCUUCCCCCCUUGCACAUUGAUUUGAGCACUGUGGCAGUUUUUGUAGUUGCUGAGAUUUCUCUCCUAGGUAUGGAAAUGAUCAUGGUGGCAUAGGAAGAGAGUGGGCGGAUGGAGAGUUUAGCUUGAUUUUAUAAAAUUUGCGGGUACACGGGCGUGCCCGCGGGUAUGCGGGUAUCCGCGGAUAGCGGAUACGGGCGUCGUUUCGUGCCCGUGGCGGAUUGCGGGCGCGGGUGCGGGUACGGAUUUCGGUACGCGGAUACGGAUAUACAAACAUCAAUAGGCAUGGAAAGAGGUUCUGCUGCAGAGUACAGUGAGGUAAAGGCUGUGAUAGGCAGCAACGAGGAGAAAAAAGGCCAGAGGAGCAAGAAAGACAAGGGGCAGAGAAAGAGGAAGAAAGAUAAGGCCAAGGGUCAUGGAGGCGAUGGCGAUAGAUCAAUUGAAUCUGAUGACAAGAAUCAUAGUGUUGAGAUGGAGCAUGCUGAAGUGUCAGCCAAGAUGGCUGAAAAACCGUGCUCGGAGCAUGCAGAGGUCAUUAUGAGCAAAAGGGAUGCGAAGAAAGACAGGAAGAAAAAGAAGAGAAAUAAGGAGGUUGAUACUAUCAGCCAGAAGCAGAUACCUGAUGCUAAUGAUGGAAGUGUUGGGUCAGAGUAUGUAGAAAUGAACAAAGGAGAAGGAGAACAUGAUAGUACGUCAAAGAAGGGCAAACGGAAGCACCGGGAUGGCGAAACAUCCUCAAAUGGUUCUUGUGAUCAAAUUGUUUCAGGGGGUGAUAAGAAGAGGAAAUGGAAGGAACCUUCAGUUACCUUGGAAGAGGGCAAUGACGUUGACGUGUCAAAGAUGGGGCAAAACACAGAGGGCAAGAAAAAGAGGAGAAAGGAGAGAGAUAAUAUUGCUGUAGACCUAAGUCAGAAUACACCAGCUGGAGAUGGCAAGAAUUGCAACGAAGAGAAAAAAACGAGUAAGGAUGACAAUGAUGGUGGCAAAAGCAGAAAAGUUAACAUGGCACGUCGAAAGGACAAGGGUAAACGAGUGAGCUUCACUGAUGAUGUGGAGGUGUUUAAUAUAGAUGGUGAUGGUGCUGAUGAAGAGGGUGAUGGGAGUGGUGAUUCUGGACUGGUGCAUGGCAAACGGUUUACCCCUGAGGAAGAUGCGAAACUAAUGGAAGCCAUCGAAAAAUAUGCACAGAUGAAGCAAUUGGGAGAGAAAGGGUUAGAGAUGAUUCGGGCUAGCAUGAAACAUCCAGAGCUCAGGGGUUGUUGGGCUGAAAUAGCAACAUCAUUACCUCAUCGACCACAAAUGGCCGUAUACAAACGAGCACGAAUUUUACUUUAUAGGAGUGCCGAACGUAAAUGGACUCAAGAGGAGUACGAGAUAGUUCGACGGUUCGUUGAAAAGAAUGGCACAACUUGGAAGGAACUGGCAACAGACCUUGGAAAGAGUGAAAUCCAUGUAAAAGAUACUUGGAGACGAAUGAAACCCAAAAAUUUAAAAAAAGGGUCUUGGACUCAGGAUGAAUACCAAAACUUGUUUGAUCUGGUAAAUUUGGACUUGCGUGUGAAAGCUCACCAAAAGAUCGCUCCUAGUCAUCGCCAGCUGAGAGAUAACAUUUCCUGGGAGGCCAUCAGUGAAAAAUUAACCACCCGUAGUAACAAGGACUGCUGCUUGAAGUGGUACCAGCAAUUAGCAUCGCCACUGGUUAAAGAAGGAAUCUGGGCAGAUACUGAUGAUUAUCUGUUGAUGGAAGCGCUUCAAAAGGUGGAUGCUGUUUGUGUUGAAGAUGUUGACUGGGAGAGACUUCUUGAUCACAGAUCUGGGGAGCUUUGCCGUCAGCGGUGGAACCAGAUGGUCCGCAUGAUCGGUGGCCACAGAGAGAAGCCUUUUAUCGAGCAAGUGGAAGUGCUUGCGAGGCGGUACUGCCAAGAAAUGCUUGAUUACAGGAAAGCUGAAUCGGCUGAUUUGUCGCCAGACGAACUUACUGGAGGAACUGACUAGUGACAAAUAGCAUAACCCUCUUGCAUUUCACCUGCCAGCAUGUGUUUGUGCCCUGUAAAAUGUUUGGCUUUUGUUGUGGCAUCUGCGGAAAUAUUAGCAAUAUAUUGUUCGAGCUUCAGCGCAGAAUGCAAAGUUGUCACAUUUUGACCAGAAGAAACUGUAUUGUUUAGGGAUAUAACUGGCUUUAGCUCUUGUAUCUGAAUAUUGUUGUUGCUCCACUGAAUGCUAUUCUAGACUUGUGCUUAAGUUCUGGAU